CAUAAACAUCACCAGAAGAGGGUUAUCAGGAACAGAUACUUUCGUAUAGUCUCGUCCAUUUCAAUCACAGAGAAUUUUGUAUUCAGUUCCUGCCAAGGCCGAUAUGGAUAUCUGGCAACGGAAUAUCCGAAUGAUGCACCAAGUAGGCGAGUUUCUCGAUCUCGACUCCAGCAAGUCCGACAUGGUCGCCGAAUUCAUUGCUCUCAUCCAAGCUGUACGAGAAGGUCUCAUGCAAAUCGACGACAAUUUCCAGAUCCCCGAUGCUCAUAUCAACACCCUGUUUCUCACCAAGCUCAAAUCUCGUCCGCAAUGGAAGGAAUGGGCAACGACCAUGCUACGUGACCCGCGCAUAACGGCUGCCAACUCGACCGAGCACGUAACGUUCCAGGAGCUCGCAAGCUUAGCCAUCGAGCAGGAAAAGAUCAUUCAACAGGGAGAUGUGAAAGCGCGAAACGCUUCGGAUAAUGCAGGUUCCGUUGCCGCGACAUCCAACGUGCCAGCCAACCCACGAGCGCUUACACAGGACGAGAUCAAUGCGUUUGUCGUCAAGCAGAUGAGCCACGACGGAAAAUAUUUGCCGCAGAAUGGCAACAUCAAGGGACACCAGAAGAGACCUAGUCAGGAGGAGAUCAACGAAUACGUGAUACAGCAAAUGCGCAAGGAACAGGAGCGAAAGACAAGGAACCGCAGUCAAAGUCAGCCAGAGCCGGAAGGACGGAAUCAUCGUGUACGGCCAAACACGGUACGAUGUACCUUUUGCGGUGACACCCAUCAUCAGUCGAAUAACUGCUGGCGGCGAUGGAGAGUUGCUGUCGAGGCUCCACAGGGCAACUUCUUGCCGAAACGAGUCGAGUUCAAAUCUCAGAUUCCUGGUCAACCACCUAUCUAUCGGUCCGGAUUUACUCUAUUCUGAGCUAUGUGGCAUUGGUCGCACCUCAAUCAUCGUUAUUGUUUUAUUUCAUUCCCACUGUUGACCGAUGAGAUUAUGCUAGCAUGGCGUUAGGGCUCUGGGUGUUUCAUCUUAGCAAUUUGUUGGACUUCUUUUCACUGACCUUUUGAUGUAACUACAUGAGUGAUGAGAUGACAACGGAACGGACCACAGUAUAUAGAGAGAUAAAUUAUGCAGGAUUAAUGAAUGCCAUUUCAUUCGAGACACAAGA